GGAGAUGCUGGGUCGAACUAUGAGCCAAGUAGUGCUGGCGAGAAUGAGGACGACGAAAAUGAUGAUGACGAGGAUGAAGACUAUCACGAAGAAGGGCCUUCCAGCUUAGAGGUUUCUUCCUUUGCGCGGCCAACCUCCAACGAAGUAUCUCCAGCUCCCACUAAGACGUCUCGAGCCGUCACCAAAGGGCCUCAAGUUGCCACUCAACGAGCGCCAGCUACCCUACAACAACCAGCCGGCAAGCCACGAUACGCGAAGCCUCGAAGCACCGGGACUCACUACGCCACCGGCCCUCCCGGAGGACAGCCGUACAAAUUCACCCGCAUGCCCAAGCGCAUAGCCCUCGUGUGGCAGGAGUGGAAGCACGGGCUCCACGGCAACCCAUCGCUCGAGUUCCUGGAGCGCGAGUACAGCACGUCCUGGCGCCAAGGGACGCUCCAUGAGCUAAAGUACGGGAGUAACUACGUGGGCAAGCGGCUCAAGAUUGUGAAGAAGGUGGAGCAGAUGUGCGAGGAGGACGGGCUCACGCCGGAGGAGGCCUGUACGCUGUUGGAUCGGAGGAUUGAUGGGAGGCUGGAGUUGCUGAUGAAGGUGUUGAGGGAUGGGAAGGAUCCGUUCACGGCGAUUCCUCUGAGAUGAGGGUUUGUAUGCAAAGAAUAUUAAUUAGCUAUUGUUUCUAACGCAGUGCAAAUUUCCAAAUUAAUUGCU